UUUCCUGUAUUACCUUACCAAACGCAUCCUUACAUACAAACGACAUCAAGAGAAGAGAGCGCGGUGGUGGUGAGAUCAUGGCGUCGGUGGUGAAGAGCAUACUCAAUUCGGUGAAAGAGAAAGGUCUCGGUGGCUUCCUCAGACAUCUCAAGCAUGAAGGCUACCUGAGAUGCCUUCCAGAUGGAAACCUAUUGCAAACCAAGAUCCACAAUAUUGGGGCAAAACUUGUUGGUGUUGAUAAAUAUGGUAACAAGUAUUACGAGAAACUAGAAAACACACAAUAUGGAAGACAUAGGUGGGUUGAAUAUGCAGAGAAGACUAGAUAUAAUGCUUCUCAGGUUCCUCCGGAAUGGCAUGGCUGGCUCCACUUCAUAACUGAUCACACAGGCGAUGAGCUUCUUUUAUUGAAACCAAAAAGGUAUGGUCUUGACCAUAAAGAAAAUUUAUCUGGAGAAGGUGAAGAGUUGAUCUAUCAUUCCAAGGGACAUGCUCUCAAUCCAGGGCAGAGAAAGUGGACCAGGUACCAACCAUGGGAGGGCACGACCAAACCGUGAACAUGGUUCAGUUUUGAGCUGCAGAUGUCUUGGAUUGGAUGUUUGUUUUUCUUUCCUCCUGACAAAUCAUUUUGAAUUAAUUUCAUGGGGUGGAAAACAGUUGUUGCUUUUUAACAAUAAUGAAUUAUUAGCUGUGAUAGCAGACAAGUCACUGUGAAAUUGAAAUAUUUCUUAUAUACUGUCUCCAAUGGUAUGUAUGUGAUGUGAUAUGUUAAAAGGAUUUGCUCUUGUUUACUGUGA